CUUUUCUUAUAUCUUGUCCACAUUACGUGUGGCUUCUUAGCUUUUCAGUGUCUCACUGGUUUUCUCUGUAAUACUGCAGAUGUCAGAUUCAGAAGCUUAGCCUUCUAAACCAGCUGUAAGGGUGUUUGGGUUCUAAGAUUCUGAUCGCAGUCCGGGAAACAUGUCGUCCGCGUCGACCUCGAGGAGAGGUGGGGGCUCUGAUCAGCCACUGUACCCGCAGAGGCGGAUCAUGAGGACUCAGACUGCCGGGAACCUUGGAGAGACGAUGUUUGAUAGCGAGGUUGUGCCUUCUUCGCUCGCCGAGAUCGCUCCGAUUCUUCGUGUUGCCAAUGAAGUCGAAAAGAGCAACGCCAGAGUGGCUUAUCUCUGCCGAUUUUAUGCCUUUGAGAAAGCUCAUAGGUCGGAUCCCACCUCUAGUGGUCGUGGUGUUCGUCAAUUUAAAACUGCACUCCUUCAACGUCUCGAAAGAGAGAAUGAUCCAACAUUAAUGGGAAGGGUAAAAAAAAGUGAUGCACGAGAAAUGCGGAGUUUUUAUCAAAAUUACUACAAGAAGUACAUCCAGGCUUUGCAAAAUGCUUCUGAUAAAGCUGAUCGUGCACAGCUUACAAAGGCAUAUCAAACCGCUAAUGUUCUAUUUGAAGUUUUGAAGGCUGUGAAUAAUAAUCAAUCCAUGGAACUUGAUCGUGAGAUUUUGGACGUUCAAGCUAAAGUUGCUGAAAAGACAGAGAACUAUGUUCCUUACAAUAUCCUUCCUCUUGACCCUGACAGUAAAGAUCAGGCAAUUAUGAUAUUUCCUGAGAUUCAAGCUGCCGUUUACGCUCUUCGUAAUGUUAGGGGACUUCCUUGGCCAAUGAACUACCAGAAGAAGACAGAUGACGACAUUCUGGAUUGGCUUCAGCAAAUGUUUGGGUUUCAGAAACAUAAUGUGGCAAAUCAAAGGGAGCACCUGAUCUUAUUGCUUGCAAAUGUACACAUACGACAAUUUCCGAAGCCUGAUCAACAACCCAAGUUGGAUGAACGUGCGUUGACAGAAGUGAUGAAGAAACUAUUUAAGAGCUACAAAAAAUGGUGCAAAUUCUUGGGUCGGAAAAGUAGCCUUUGGAUACCAACCAUACAACAAGAAAUGCAACAGCGUAAACUACUAUACAUGGGUCUGUAUCUGCUAAUAUGGGGGGAAGCUGCCAAUUUAAGAUUCAUGCCGGAAUGCCUUUGCUAUAUUUAUCAUCAUAUGGCGUUUGAAUUGUAUGGAAUCCUAGCGGGGAAUGUAAGUCCCAUGACGGGAGAGAAUGCAAAGCCAGCCUAUGGAGGUGAAGAUGAGGCAUUUUUGAGGAAAGUUAUUACUCCAAUAUACAAUGUGAUUGCUAAGGAAGCUGAAAGAAGCAAGAAAGGGAGAUCAAAGCAUUCGCAAUGGAGGAACUAUGAUGAUUUGAAUGAAUACUUCUGGUCAGUUGAUUGUUUCCGGUUGGGCUGGCCAAUGCGUGCUGAAACUGAUUUUUUUUCUUUGAGCAUUGAACAGACUCUUGAGAACAAUGGAGAUAACAAGCCAACUACUAAAAAUCGAUGGGUGGGAAAAGUUAAUUUUGUUGAGAUACGAUCAUUUUGGCAUAUUUUCCGAAGCUUUGACCGUUUGUGGAGCUUUUUCAUUCUAUGCUUACAGGCUAUGAUCAUUGUUGCUUGGAAUGGCACGGGGGACCCAAGUUCAAUCUUUAGUUCUGAUGUAUUCAAGAAGGUAUUGAGUAUCUUUAUAACGGCGGCAAUAUUGAAGCUUGGGCAAGCUGUCCUUGAUGUAAUUCUUAGUUGGAAAGCACACCAGAGUAUGUCAUUCCAUGCUAAGCUAAGAUACAUCUUGAAAGUGGUUUCAGCUGCUGCUUGGGUGAUAGUUCUUCCAGUUACUUAUGCUUAUACUUGGGAGAAUCCUCCUGGAUUUGCUCAGACCAUCAAAAGUUGGUUCGGAAAUAGUUCAAGUUCACCAUCCUUGUUUAUAUUGGCUGUUGUUAUCUAUUUGUCUCCAAAUAUGCUGGCUGCGAUAUUGUUUCUUUUCCCCUUCAUUCGUCGAUGUCUUGAGAGGUCAAAUUAUAAGAUUGUGAUGCUCAUGAUGUGGUGGUCGCAGCCUCGGCUUUAUGUUGGGAGGGGAAUGCAUGAGAGCACAUUUUCUCUUUUCAAGUACACAAUGUUCUGGGUUCUUCUUAUAGUGACAAAGUUGGCAUUUAGCUACUAUAUAGAGAUAAAGCCACUAGUGGGUCCAACAAAAGCUAUAAUGGAUGUUAAAAUAAGUAAUUACCAGUGGCAUGAGUUUUUUCCCCGUGCAAAGAACAAUAUUGGUGUUGUGAUUGCACUCUGGGCUCCAAUUAUUCUUGUCUAUUUUAUGGAUACCCAAAUUUGGUAUGCCAUCUUCUCUACAUUAUUUGGAGGUGUUUAUGGUGCAUUUCGUCGCCUUGGUGAGAUUCGAACACUAGGAAUGCUUCGAUCUCGUUUUCUAUCAUUGCCUGGUGCUUUCAAUGCCUGUUUGAUUCCAGAGGAGAAGACUGAACCAAAAAAGAAAGGAUUAAAGUCCACAUUGUCUCGUAACUUUGAUGAGAUCCCACCAAACAAGGGGAAAGAGGCAGCAAGAUUUGCACAGUUGUGGAACAAGAUAAUCACUAGUUUUAGGGAGGAAGAUCUCAUAAGUUACCGGGAAAUGGAUCUUUUGCUUGUUCCUUAUUGGGCUGACCAUAAACUAGACCUCAUACAAUGGCCUCCAUUUUUACUUGCUAGCAAGAUUCCCAUUGCACUGGAUAUGGCUAAGGAUAGCAAAGGCAAGGAUCGAGAGCUGCAGAAGAGAAUUGACAAUGACAAUUACAUGUCCUGCGCUGUUCGUGAAUGCUUUGCGACAUUUAGGAGCAUUAUUACCUUCUUGGUUCAAGGGGAGAGUGAAAAAAAGGUCAUCGAAUUUCUAUUUGGUGAAGUUGACGAACAUAUUCGUGGUUCUACACUAGUACGCGAAUUCAAGAUGAGUGCUCUUCCAAGCCUUUAUGACUACUUCGUUAAGCUUAUGAAAUUUUUGUUGGAUAAUAAGAAGGAGGACAGCAAUAAAGUUGUUUUGCUUUUCCUGGACAUGCUGGAAGUUGUGACCAGAGACAUAAUGCCGGAGGAUCGCACAUCCAGUUUGGAAGAUUCAAGCCAUGGUGCAUCUGGGCAUGAGGGGAAGGACCCCCUUAAUCAUCCAUAUCAGUUAUUUGCUUCUUCUGGUGCCAUCAAUUUUCCAGUUGAAGUAACAGAGGCUUGGACCGAGAAGAUCAAACGGCUCUAUUUACUGCUUACUACGAAGGAAUCUGCCAUGGAUGUACCGUCCAACUUAGAAGCAAGAAGGCGUAUAUCCUUCUUCUCAAAUUCAUUGUUUAUGGAUAUGCCUUCCGCACCCAAAGUUCGCAAUAUGCUCUCCUUCUCGGUGUUAACUCCAUACUACACUGAAGAUGUUCUUUUCUCCUUGCGUGAGCUGGACGUGCCAAAUGAAGAUGGUGUUUCAAUCCUAUUUUACUUGCAAAAGAUUUUUCCAGAUGAAUGGACCAACUUUCUUGAACGAGUGAAAUGCUCUAGUGAAGAAGAACUUAAAGGAUCUGAUGAUUUAGAGGAAGAACUUCGCCUCUGGGCAUCAUAUAGGGGCCAAACUUUGACUAGAACUGCAAGAGGUAUGAUGUACUACCGGAAAGCUUUGGAGCUUCAGGCUUUGCUUGAUAUGGCCAAAGAUGAAGAUUCAAUGAAAGGCUAUAAAGCCAUAGAAUUAAAUUUAGAGGACCAAGCAAAUGGGGAAAGGUUAUGGGCACAAUGCCAAGCUGUGGCUGAUAUGAAGUUCACUUAUGUGAUAUCGUGCCAGCAAUAUGGGAUUCACAAGCGAUCUGGCGAUCCUCGUGCACGGGACAUCUUGAGGCUCAUGACAACAUAUCCAUCACUUCGUGUAGCAUACAUUGAUGAGGUAGAGAAACCCAGCAAUGAUAAAUCCAAGAAAAUAAAUGAAAAGAUUUAUUAUUCUUGUCUAGUGAAGGCUGCUUUGCCAAAGUCUGAAUCUUCAAAUCCUGCACAGAAUUUGGACCAGGAAAUUUAUAGAAUAAAACUUCCAGGACCACCUUUCUUAGGUGAGGGAAAGCCCGAAAAUCAGAAUCAUGCGAUUAUAUUUACACGGGGUGAAGGCUUGCAGACAAUAGACAUGAACCAGGAUAACUACAUGGAAGAAGCAUUAAAAAUGAGAAAUUUGCUUCAAGAAUUUCUUAAAAAGCACGAUGGUGUGAGGUACCCUACAAUCCUUGGGCUUAGGGAACAUAUAUUUACUGGAAGUGUUUCUUCUCUUGCUUGGUUCAUGUCAAAUCAGGAAACCAGUUUUGUGACAAUUGGGCAAAGACUGUUGGCCAACCCUCUGAAGGUCCGAUUCCACUAUGGUCAUCCCGAUGUGUUUGAUAGGAUCUUUCACCUUACUAGAGGGGGUGUCAGUAAAGCAUCCAAGGUUAUUAACUUGAGUGAAGACAUUUUUGCUGGUUUCAAUUCUACCCUUCGUGAAGGCAAUAUUACCCAUCAUGAGUACAUACAAGUUGGGAAGGGGAGGGAUGUGGGCCUCUACCAGAUCUCUAUGUUUGAGGCAAAGAUAGCUAAUGGCAAUGGAGAGCAGACAUUGAGUAGGGAUAUGUACCGCCUUGGACACCGUUUUGACUUUUUCCGAAUGUUAUCAGCUUAUUUCACCACAGUUGGUUUCUACUUCAGUACUCUUAUCACUGUGCUCACAGUAUAUGUGUUCCUUUAUGGCCGCCUUUAUCUUGUCCUCAGUGGGCUUGAAGAAGGUCUGAUUACUCAACCAGCAAUUCGAGUCAAUAAACCUCUUGAAGUGGCUCUUGCUUCUCAAUCUUUUGUUCAAAUUGGAUUUUUGAUGGCCUUGCCCAUGUUGAUGGAAAUUGGUUUGGAAAGGGGUUUUCGAACUGCAUUGAGUGAGUUCAUAUUGAUGCAAUUACAACUGGCCCCUGUAUUUUUCACAUUUUCUCUUGGAACAAAAACCCAUUACUAUGGAAGGACAUUACUUCAUGGGGGUUCAAAGUAUAGGCCUACUGGUCGAGGGUUUGUGGUGUUCCAUGCCAAGUUUGCUGACAACUAUAGACUCUACUCCCGUAGUCAUUUUGUCAAGGGUAUGGAGCUCCUGAUCUUGCUUCUUGUGUACCAAAUAUUUGGUCAUACUUAUAGAAGUGCUGUUGCAUAUGUCUUGAUCACUAUAUCUUUAUGGUUUAUGGUGGGCACCUGGCUUUUUGCUCCCUUUCUGUUCAACCCUUCUGGUUUUGAGUGGCAAAAGAUUGUGGAUGAUUGGACUGAUUGGAAUAAGUGGAUCAGCAACCGAGGCGGCAUAGGUGUGCCACCAGAAAAAAGUUGGGAAUCAUGGUGGGAAGAAGAACAAGAGCAUCUUCAUCAUUCUGGAAUGCGUGGUAUCGUAGCAGAGAUAUUGUUAGCUCUGCGAUUCUUUAUCUAUCAGUAUGGGCUUGUGUAUCAUUUGACAAUUGCAAAAAAAACACAAAGUUUUCUGGUCUAUGGAUUAUCUUGGCUGGUGAUCAUUCUUAUAUUGUUUGUAAUGAAGACUGUCUCAGUUGGGCGGCGAAAGUUCAGUGCAAGUUUCCAACUUGUGUUCCGGCUAAUCAAAGGAAUGAUAUUCCUGACUUUUGUCUCUAUUCUAGUCACUUUGAUUGCCCUCCCACAUCUGACAUUACAAGACAUCAUCGUUUGCAUUCUUGCCUUCAUGCCAACUGGUUGGGGGCUGCUUCUGAUUGCGCAAGCUUGCAAGCCUCUUGUUCGGCGAGCUGGGUUUUGGGGAUCAGUUAGGACGCUUGCUCGUGGUUAUGAGAUUGUUAUGGGUUUGCUUCUGUUCUCUCCAGUUGCAUUCCUGGCCUGGUUUCCCUUUGUUUCUGAAUUCCAAACCCGUAUGCUCUUUAACCAAGCAUUUAGCAGAGGACUACAGAUUUCUCGUAUUCUUGGCGGCCACGGGAAGGAUCGUGCAUCACGGAACAAGGAGUAAUCUUACUGACAUCAAGACCAUUGUUAAUGCUUUUUCCUCGAUCUCCCUUGAUAUGGCGUGCAAAUGUUUAUAUUUUUCAUUAGCUGUUUUGAUUAUGGAAGUAAUUGGGCUGCAUUACUGGAACUUUCUUUAUUCCAUUAUAGUAAAGCCCUGCACCUCUUCCCUGAGUCUCAUCCAAAGGCAUUCAGCUGAUAUGAUCUUUGGAUUCUUGUUUGAACGAUUUCUUGAGUAAAAAUGAAAAAAAAACAAAAAUACCACAUUCUUAUUUUUCUUAUCCAAUUGUG